AUGGUCCCCCUCCAGCCCCAGCCCACAGGCUUUGGGCCAAGCCCCCCUCCAGCCCACAGGCUUAAGCCACGCCCCCCCAGCCCCCCUGACAGGCUUAAGGCCACGCCCCCCUCCAGCCGCGCUGACAGGCUUAAGGCCACGCCCCUCUCAGCCCCUGCCCACGCCCCCCUCAGCCGCUUCAGGCCCGCUGCCCCUGACAGGCUUAAGGCCACGGGGCCAGCGCCGGCUCCAGCCCCUGACAGGCUUAAAGCCACGCCCCCCUCCAGCCCUGACAGGCUUAAGGCCCACGCCCUCCAGCCCCUGACAGGGCUUAAGGCCACGCCCCCUCCAGCCCCUGACAGGCUUAAGCACGCCCCCCAGCCUGACAGGCUUAAGCACGCCCCCUCCAGCCCUGACGCCCCUGACAGGCUUAAGGCCACGCCAGCCCCUGACAGGUUCCCAAGCACAGGCUUAGGCACGCCUCCAGCCCCAGAGCUUAAGCCACGCCCCCUCCAGCCCCUGACAGGCUUAAGGCCACGCCCCCUUCAGCCCCUGACAGCCCCUGACAGGCUUAAGGCACGCCUCUCUUCAGCCCUGACAGGCUUAAGGCCCACGCCCCCUCCAGCCCUGACAGGCUUAGGCACGCCCCCUCCAGGAAGGCCCAGCCCAGAGGGAAGAAUACAACAUGAGGACCUACUUCCUGAAGGACCUCUAAGAUCCUCAUUGGCAAUGGAAAACCUUUUAAGUUCAAAAGAUAAUGAUGAUUAUAAGAGAUUCACUGUUUGGGUGCUGGAACUCACUCCUUUAUUUCCUACAAGUUCUCCAGACAUCAAACAUCAAACACAUCUGGAAGGUACUUGUCAACAUCUCCCCCACCAUCUUCACCCUCACCAGAAUCUCAAUAGACACCCUUAUAUCCACCGUUCACAUCCCUCGUCUCUUCAGUAUGUUAAGAGAAGCACGGCAAUGCGGGAUCUGGAGUCCGGCACCACAGGUAGUUAUGAAAUGUGGGUUGCUCACCGUAGACUUUUCACAGCUGAUCGGUGUUUAGGAGAAUCGGAAACCUCCUGA